AUGCCCUCCAAACGAAAGUAUUCUAGCAGUGAGCGUAACGAUGACAACGUGAGCAACAAGCGAUUUGCAUAUUUAAAACCUCACGUCCGCCAUGUUUCGGAGAGAACUAUCAAGUCCAAAUGGUCUACUCUUCCUGAACCUGCUCAAGACAAGGUCCGAGACAUGUUUCGAGCCCUUGAGCGCCCGGUAAUAGUACAGCAUCAAAAUGAGCGCAAGCGCAUCGAAGCACAAGCAGCUGUGCAGGCUGUGGUAAAGAAUCUUUCGAAGCGGCUUCCUAGAAUGCCUUUCCCACCUGUUACCAAGGACUCGGUUUUUGAGUAUGAAGCGGCUCUUAAGGAGCAUGUACGGGGAGAUUUGAUCGAUUUGAUACGAAGUACAGAUCUUUUGAAAGCCGAGAUUGAGAAGGAGGAAGCGUUGCUUGCAAAGGAAAAGAAACAAUUGCAAGAGAUGGAGAAGAAUUAUAAGCGAGUUGAAACGGAAAGAAAACGUCAACUGAAAAACGAGCAUCCCGCUCUUAAAAGGCUGAAUGAAACGUCCGAUGAGCAGCAUGGAAUACAGGCCGAUGUCAAGAUUGUGAACAAUAAGCAUGCGCAGCUUACGUUUGACGGGCUCGAGGACGAGCCUGAUACAUUUGACUUGCUGAAACAGCUGACCAGCCAUCUCAACUCCAUUAAAAAUAAUUUAGCUCCUCUUGACGGUCUUGCAGAUGCGAUUACACGAUCUCAAAUAGCCUUGAGUCUGGCUUGUAUGGCUGAAGACUGA